GUUUAUAUAAUCUAUGAUACACCGUUGUUCCAUGUCAAUGUGUUUAUCCUAGGCCAUGGUUAGAAAAAAAUAAUAUUCUCUAUUUAUUUAUUAUAAUUUUUUUUAAGAAUUAAUGAUUAGCAAAAGUGUGGCGAAUUGUUUUUUAUUUUAUUUUCCAAGGAUGGUUAAGUUUUAUGCUGUUGCUCGAGGAAGACACCCGGGUGUUUACAAUGAUUGGGACACUUGUCUAGCUCAGGUUACCAAAAUGGCCAAUGCUAUGUACAGGAAGUUCAAUACGGCUAAAGAAGCGAAUGAAUUUGUUAAAAAGUUUGCAAUUCCGGCCACAACUGUCUCGGCCAAAAAAUAUCCCGUUGCUGCUCCGGUGAGGUCCUUGCCGUUGGCUCUGUCACCCGUGAAGAAGAAACACGACUCAGAUAUGGAGGUGAUCGGGGUGUCGCAAGACCCAGUGGAGCCUUCGUCAACCAGGAGGUUGCCGUUACCGCUGUCACAGACGCAGGUUAAAUUCGACAAGAAUACGAUUCAAGGUGUUAACAAUGUUCCUUUCAGUAACGGCACACAAGAACCACAUGCGAACAAUGCCGCAGCACCAGAAACUGCUACUCCAGGUCCUUCUUCUGAUCACACGAGCACUCCCCCGGCGCUCCCGGCCGAGGAUUUGGAAACGCGAUUCGAAUCGUUCAUGAGAAUGUACAUGGAGUUCCACAAGCAAAUGGUGACUGAAAUGCGGAGCACCAAGAAGAGGCUGAAGAACUUCCAGAGGACUGCGUUCAAGGACACGCCGGCCCACCGGCGGCUGCAGGCGUCCAUCACGCAGGGCAUGGGCUCGCUCGAGACCCGCUUGAAGGCCGUCAUGGUAGACUUCAGCGCGGAGGUGCACGCCCUGCAGAAGCGCAUGACCGAGGACAAGAUAGCGGCGAUGGUGUCGUCGCUGGCCGACGGCUCGGCCCACCUCUCCAGGGUCGCCCGGGUGGAGAAGAGGAAGGCUAAGAGGGGCAAGGGGUCGACAUCCGCCAGGAUGAAGCUGGCUGCGAUGAUGCAGCCCAUGACCCCGACACAGGUCCUUUUCGCCAACAAGAGAAGCUUCAGCACGGACGGGAAAGAUGGCGACGAGCCUCCGCUGAAAGUGGUCAAGACGGAGGUGAACCACGGAGUUACGACCGUCAAAGAGGAGCCAGCCGACGGCGAUGACGUAGCGGACGGCGGGGGCAGUUACAGUUUCAAUGUGGACCCCGACGGCUACGUCCAUGUUUACACAGAUGGCGCGUGUGAGAAGAACGGUUUCUCCGGGGCUAAGGCAGGGAUCGGCGUCUGGUUCGGUCACAAUCACCCACUGAACUCAUCAGAGCCUGUCAGGGGCAGGCCGACCAACAACACGGCAGAGAUACAGGCCGCCCAGUACGCAGCGGAGUUGGCUCGCGGCGCAGGCGUGCGCAAGCUGUGCAUCAACACGGACUCCAUGUUCCUCAUCAACAGCAUGACCCUGUGGCUGGACAAGUGGAAGAGGAACAAGUGGCAGCUGUCGGGCGGGGGGCCCGUCAAGAACAAGGAGAGCUUCGAGGCUCUCGAGGCGGCGCUGCGGGGGCUCAGCGUCAAGUGGAACCAUGUUCGUGGCCACGCGGGCAUCUUGGGCAACGAGAUGGCAGAUUCCUUGGCCAGAAGUGGAGCGCUCCGCUACAAGGACAGCUGAGCCGAGCGGUCGAGGAGAGUGGCGCGUCGCUGGUGCCUUUACAAGUGGCCCCACUGCAAAAACAUGUUCUGUAUUUACUUUGUUUAUUACCACGUGUGUUCCCUAUUACUAGUCUGUUAUGCUCUUUUUUUUUAUUAGGGGUCUGAAAAUAUUUGAUUGUAAUGAUGAGUAAUUUAAGAUAUGAUUCGACAUUUGAAAAGGAAUAAUUGUUUUUCAUUUACCAGCAUGGCAUUUGAUACAGCAAGUGGGAUUCAUUCGCAACAAAAUUGAAUAAGGAUAAUAUGUAUGAAGCCAAAAAGAUUUGUUGAGAAAUUUAGAUUUGUUUUCUACAACAUUUGUUGCAAGUGUAACAAAAAUAAAGUGGUUAUGAUUUCAGAUUAUUAACAAAGCAAUUUUAAAACUUAAAAUAAUAAUUGGAAAAAAAUUUGCAGUCAGUUUUUCUGUUAUUCGUUAAUAGUUAUGGUUCCAUACAUUUUUCAUUAAUGUUUCUUGGACUCGUGUGAAGUGUGAAAAUAAACGUUUUCACAGUAUGUUAAAAUUUGACUUGUAAAGUAUUUGAUUUUUGUGAAUAAUUUGAUACUUGUUUCAAAAUUCGUUAUGAAUUUAAAAAAAUGGGUUUACAAAAGACGGAUAUUCACUAGGGAUGUACCAAUAUUGAAUUUCUAAUUUAUGAGUGGGGCUUCUAAUGGUUUAACUUCAUUAGUUUCUACUGAUAAUUCUUAUUCCAUGGGUAUCUCAAAAAUAUUUUUGGAAAUAGAAGCACUAUUUUCAAGAUCACUUCUAAUUACAUUGUUUUCAACACUGAACGACAGCUCUCAAAGUUGUUUUAUUUUACUUUUGGCUCCCAACAUGAAGUUUGCGCGGUCACAGUGUUACCAAUAUUCCAUAGUUUGCAGAUAACGAUUAUUAACUAUGAAGCUAUUUCAGCCAAUCAGAAUGAAUACACAUUUGCAUUGCUACUCCUCUAAUUUGUAUGUUGUUACAAUAUAUACAGGUUUUUUUAAGCAUCAUAAUUAGGCUAUAUGUAGUUAGUUCACUGUACCUCCACAUGGUUAAGUUAGACCUUAAAGAAAUAAUUUUAUAUAUAUAUAUAUAUAUAUAUAUAUAUUUUUUUUUUAGUUGUAUCCUAAGCUUGUAUUAGUAUUACAAAUAACCUGUAGUAAAUUUCUCUUUUAACCGUUUUGCUAUGUAGUUCUUUUUCAAGACAUUUUAAAGACAUUUUCAACAUGCUUGAAGUUGCAGAGGAAUGAAUUUGUCAACUGAAGAUAAUAACACAGUACUAAAUAUAUCAGAGACUUAAAAGAGCUGUACAUAAUGUGCUUUUGGAACAGUUAGUGCAAACUGGUGUCUGGAAAAAACGGCAAGAAUUGGUACUAGCACAAAAUAUGGAAUUAUGACCUGAUUUUAAUAUAAAUAUAUUGCUCAUUUUUCUCCAUUACAUGGUAUUUUUAUUUUGUUGCUUGUUAUUCAAAAAUACAUAAUUAAGAGUACUCAAUACUUUUAAUUAAGGAAGGCUUUUAUUUGCAUGAUUUUGUAAGUAUGUAUGUAAAUAUGUUAAUAAAAAUAAAAAGAGAAGUGUAGCUUAUGCAGCAGGGUUCAGUGAUGUACUUGUUAGUUAACGUGGUUAAUCUCGUGGUAGGAAUUGACUGAUGCAAGAGAAAAUGUAUUCUCAAAUUUGCAAAUUCAUUAGUGCAGUUAGUUCAGGCGUGAACUUGCCAUAGUAGCAACCAGAGUGAGGGCAUUUUCUGUUACAUUGCUAAAUGACUUGCUAUGCAGACACAGUGCAUACAUUUAUGUUUAGUUUCAUUGAAAAGUUUAGUAUUGACCAACAAAAAUGUGGAAAAUAUAAUGAAACAAUCACUUAUGUUCUAUUUGCAGAAAUAUGUUAAAACUUUUCAAGUGUGUAAUCUUGAAUUUUUCUGUUUAAUACUGAUUUAGGUAAAAAAAUUAAGUAUUAUUUUAUAAAUUACAAAAGUAGUUUUGUGUUUUUUACGUAUUCAAAUGAAAACUCUCAAAUAAAUUCUGAGCAAAUAUGCUAGAAAUCAAGACUGUAUAGCAGGGACCGGAAAGUUACUUUUAAAAAGUAACUCAGUUACAGUUACAAAUAUUCCAUUGGAAAUGUAACCCUGUUACAACUACAAGUUACACUACUGAAAAUAAACCAGUUACAGUUAUGAGAAAAGUAACUGUAAGUUACUUUAACAGUUACUUUGUGAAAAACUAAAAAUGUGAUACGUAAUAUUGUUAUAAUUAAUUAAAAGCUAAUAAAACAUAUUGUGUUUAGUAAAGAUAUAUGUUUAUUUAAACUGAAAAUUUUUAAAUAGGUCUUAAAUUACAUUGAGUAAUUAGUUCACACUACAAAAUUGUUCGCAGCACCACGCAACAAGCAUUUCACAAUAAGGUUAUUUUUAUCACUCGACCGAACUUCGAAAAAAUUAGAAUAUGAAGGCCACUGCAACGAAAAUUCUGGACUGCUUUCUCGGCUUCUCGCAUCAUUAGAUUCUGUCAUUGCUUUCGCGCAUGUGCACAGGUAGGUUAAUUAAUUAAACAGCACAGCAGUAAACCCGCAUGCCGCAAAUAUUAAAGAAAUGACAAUCAAAAUACGAGCGCAGGCUAGCCAACAGCAGUUUUACAAGUACAAGCAAUACCAUCGCAAAUAAUAUGCUCGUAUGGGAUUUUCGUUCUGGGAUUGAAAAUAUCAACAAAUCGUUGUUCGUUCAAUAAGAAAUUCAUUUAAAAAAUGUAACGCAAGAAGUAACGACAAUUAUCGUUACUUUAAGGCAAAAAAUGUAAUUCAGUUACAGUUACAGUUACUGAAAACUUAAUAUAUUGCGUUACCAUGAUCGUUACCAUUAAAAGUAACUGUUACAAAUAACGUCGUUACUAAUAGCGCGUUACUUCCAGUCCCUGUUGUAUAGCUUCAUGAUGACAAAUCUGUCUUUAUUAUCACACCAGUCCAAUAAAUGGCAGAAAAUAAGUGCAGUAUUAACAUUGUAUUUAUUUAAAAUUUUCUAUAUAAACAUUAUGAUGGUAAAAAAAGGUUCCUUUCUUGUAGUACUUUUUUUUUUUUUGCAAAACAUUUUUUAUUGUUACACAAAACAAUUUUAUGGUAAAAAAAUACACGUCCAGUUGUUUCAAAUUUCUGGAUAGAAGAGAAUGUUUGUCGCAGGUUAAUAUACUUUAUGUUACUUCAUAAAAUAAUUAAUAAUUAUUGUAGUGUACUUGAUGCUACCAGAUUGUUGGUUGCAUGCUCACCUGUGUUGGUAGCAUAUCACUGUCUGAUGUUAGUUUCUACAUUUAUAAUGUAUUUGAUUUCAGGGAAAAAUUUGUAUGCUUAUAUUUUGUUUAUGAAUGUUUUUGUAACCAUGUUGUAUUUACAUGGAAGUAAAGGUGUAUAUAAAAUA